ACGGUCCACUUAAAAACCAGCUUGGGUUCGUCCCUCUCAUCCUUGCUGUUGUUCGAUUCACGAUGGCGCGCAAUCUCUUCUCUGUCGCAAUUUUCAUCAUCGUUCUCCGUGAAACCCUCGAAGCUGCCGUCAUUGUCUCUGUCUUGCUCGGUCUGGUAGAACAGAUAGUCCAAGACGAACCAGAGAAGCUCGGGGCCGUAGCGCAGAUCGUACCAGACUCCCCAGUUGAAGCGGAUGGCGAAGCAACUCUGGGCAGUGGCCUUUCGACUGGUCAUAACAGCGCCGAAGGUCGCCGCGAUCUUCUCAGUGAUGCAGACAAUACCAUCUUCAAGAAGCGUCUUAUUCGGAAGCUCAGACUACAGAUUUUCUUUGGUGCAGGCUCUGGUCUCCUCAUCUCACUCGCCAUAGGUGCCGCAUUCAUUGCUAUAUGGUUCACUCAAGCAUCAGAUUUAUGGGUAAAGGCUGAAAAUCUGUGGGAAGGGAUCUUUGAAUUAAUCGCGUCCCUCAUGAUAUUUGUUAUGGGUGUCACCAUGUUGAAAAUGGAUCGCGCCAAGGCCAAGUGGCGCGUUAAGCUUCAGCGCGCGUUCGGUGAUCAGCAGGUCGACCGUGGCGCCAAAACAGGGAAAUGGGUCCUUUUUAUCCUUCCGCUCAUCACGGUCCUUCGUGAAGGUAUCGAGGCAGUUGUCUUUGUCGGCGGUGUAUCAUUAGGUCAAUCCGGCACAUCCAUUCCAAUCGCCGCAAUUACAGGUUUGCUUGUUGGAGUCAUAAUCGGUUUCCUGAUCUACCACUUUGCAAGUCGAAUGACCCUUACAGUCUUCCUCAUCGUGAUGACCAACUUCAUCUUACUUAUCGGUGCAGGACUAUUCUCCAAAGCCGUCUGGUAUUUCCAAGACUACAAAUGGACCAGGUUGUUAGGCAUUAAUGGCGACGACUCUGGAGGAGAUGGACCCGGCUCGUACGAUGUCCGCGGAAACGUAUGGCAAAUUGACUGUUGCGACCCUAAUGGCAAUCAGGGCUGGUCUAUUUUCAACGCAAUACUUGGAUGGCAGAAUACUGCAACACUGGGAAGCGUCCUCUCGUAUGUUUUCUACUGGUUGGCGGUAGCUGCAACUUUGUCAUACAUGAAAUUUAAGGAGGGUCGUACAACCUUUUUAGGGCGAGAGUCUGCGGCGGGUGUGCGUCGGCGUCGCUUUCGGGAGAGAGCGAUGUCAGAUUCGCAAGAAAAACAGAGCAGCCUUGAAAGAGAGGUGGAGAUCGCCAGCCUUCCUCUGUGAUCCGCAAGCACGACAUCUCCGGAUUAACGAGUUCUAUAAUUAUAACUGUUUACCUUUCCACGUUCAAGAUACCAUGCGCCGAAUAUAGGCAUAUUUCACUUGUGUAGUUGUGGGCGAAGAAGGCGGUGUACAGGGACACGAAUAUAAAAGCGAGCAAGCUGGCAUAAAUGGUAGUAGGCUAGUGCCCCUGCAUUGUAUUGUAUAGUAAUUUCUGGAAAGCAUCAACUUGUGUAUCUGC